GGAGAGAGAGAGAGAGAGAGAGAGAGAGCUGCUGCUGCCUCGCAGGAGUUGGGUUGAAAGCAGUUAGAGAGAGGGAGAGAGGGAGAAAUCGAUCGAUCUAUACUUCAUCACAUUACAUCUAUAGAAAUUAGAGAGAGAGAGAGAAGAGAGAGAGAGGCUAAAAACCCCCUUUGUAGUUUCAGUCAUAUUGAUAUUUCCUAUCUGUCUUUCCAAAAUCCCUAGAAGUCCCUUUCAUUCCUCCCUUUCUCUCUCUCCCUCCCCUUUCCUAGGGUUUCUUCUCUCCCUUUCUCUAUCCUGAAGAAGCAAACAGACGCUUUUCAGUCACUCACACUCUCUGAAACUUGGAGAAGUCAAGUGAGUUGAUCGAGUCACAACUUUGGGCCAAGAUCUUUCAUUAGGUCAUUGAGUUCCGUGUUUUUAAGCCUUGGCGCAGACAGAGACAGAUAUGCUCUAUGCUCCAUCCAAGAUAGUAAUGGAUUAGGGGAGGUUUGAGGGCAUGCAGCAAGGGUUGAAUCAUGGGCAAUGGAGAGGUCGAUACUCCAACAAAGGCUCCAAAGACAUCUUCAGCACAGCAGGAGCAGCCUCCUCCAAGCAGCCCUGCGACAGUUUUUCCUGAUUGGGCUUCAUAUCAGGCAUAUUUUAGCUCUGCUGGAACCCCUCCUAUGCCCCCUCCGGGGUUUUUUCAUUCUUCCGUUCCCUCCAGUCCUCAAGCUCAUCCAUACAUGUGGGGUGCACAGCAUAUGAUCCCUCCAUACGGGACACCUCCAUAUGUUGCUAUGUAUCCUCAUGGUGGACUAUAUGCUCAUCCCUCCAUGCCACCGGGAUCUCAUCCAUACGGCCCUUAUGCAAUGCCUUCUUUAAAUGGGACUGCUGAAGCAUCUGCUGGUGUGGCUGGUGGUGCAGACUCAGAGGGUAAGUCAGCUGAAGGGAAGAAUGGGAGUUCACUAAAGAAAUCCAAAGGGAGCUUAGGCAGUCUGAGUAUGCUAACAGGCAAGGGUAACGAGGCGGAAAAAGCAUCCGGAGCAUCUGCCAAUGGAACCAUGUCACAAAGUGGAGAGAGUGGAAAUGAAGGUUCAAGUGAGGGAAGUGAUGCAAAUUCUCAAAAUGGUUCACAGCAAAAUCCAUGUGGUGAAAAAGGUUCAGCUGAUGCUGAGGCCCAGAAUGGGAGCACUGCUUGCAGCGCCCCUAGUGGGGUUACACGGACUUCCCCUACUCCAACCAUGGGCAACCAUACUAUGGCAAUGAUGGCCAUGCCAGGUGGUGUUUCUGGCCCCACAACGAACCUGAACAUUGGCAUGGACUAUUGGGGAGGCCAUGCUCCUACAUCUAUUGCUGCAAUGCGAGGCAAGCUCCCUGCUGUCCCAGCUACGGGGGCCAUAGUUCCUGGCAAUCACAUGGGAUCCCGUGAUGGUGUUCCUUCGGAACUCUGGCUACAGGAUGAAAGAGAGCUUAAGAGGCAAAGAAGAAAACAGUCUAAUAGGGAAUCAGCACGUCGCUCCAGGCUGAGGAAGCAGGCUGAGUGUGAAGAACUGGCCCAACGUGUGGAUACUCUCAAAGAUGAGAACAAUUCGCUCAGAGAAGAAUUGGAGCAUAUGCGUGGAGAAUGUGAGAAACUGGCGGCGGAAAAUGCUUCUCUUACUCUUCAGCCUUCUUUAUGCUUGGGCAUGGGAUCUGUGCAGGAGAGGCUCAAGAAACACAAGGGAGAGGAAUCAACGGCAAAUGAUGUCCAUGGCCAACCUGACCGCAAUUCCUAAACUGCAAGCGUAAAUAGGCCCUGAUGAAAAGAGAUUUGCCGAAAGCAGGUAGUUUUAGCUCACCCCCACAAUAGGAAAAGCAGUUUUUAAUUAUCCAUGAAACUGACUGCUUGUGCUGAUGAUGCUAAUGUAGCCUCUCUCCUCCACACUCUUCUUUCUAUGUCUAAAGAGUGUACAUGAGAAGAGAGAGAAGGCUCAUUUAACGCUUAGGUGUAAUGGGGAAAUACUAACAAAAGGCCCCAAUAAUGACGUUGUACUAUUAGAAUGAAAAAAAAUCUAUUGAUGAAGUUUUAGAUAGAAA